AUGGAGAAGUUUUGGGAGGUUCAUGACUACUUCACUAGUAAGAAGGUGUCUAAAAAGCCAAAUCCUUGUUUGGUGACUAGAGCUGCCUAUCUUGAUGUCCUUGUGAUGCUGAGUACUCACCUGGGGAAGUUUCAAAAGCAAGGAAUGCAAUUGUUUGGAUUUUGGGAAGAGAUGAACGGAGUUAUUUCAGAUUCUGAAUUGGUGUCCGGUAUUCCCUACUCAUCUGCAAUACCAGGACUGAUACAGUAUCUUCAGAGCAUCACCAAACUUGUAAUAUCAGUGCUGCCGGUGACUGCAGGUCCUGACAUCCAGAGCAGCAGUUCCCCUGUUGCAAAGAAAAUAGCCAAGCCAUCGUUGUCAAUAGUUCAUCUCCUUCACUGUGAGUUUCAUGAAGUACGUCUGCUUGCGUUGGAAGCAAUACUGCUGUGGUUGAAACAAAUAAAUUCCAAGCAGGUUGCAGAAGGAGGAGGAGGUGUAUUGUGUUUACUCAUUGAUUUGGAAGGCACUCUUCUCACAAUGGCUCUGAAGGAAAAGAAUCUCCAGUGUUUUUGCAAGGUGCUGGAAAUUCUUUAUAAUAUGGAUCUCAGAAAUGUGCUUCCAAAGACUGAAUGCUCUAUAAAAAUGAAUCCAAAUGAGCUCUUAACGUGGAGUUUAAACACUGUAGAUAUCUCCAACAGCACUGAAAUUCAAAGCAUAGCUCUCAAAUUUGCCUCCAAGUUGGUUAUCCAUCUUUUGCAGAACCAUCAGCAGAUUUCAGAAGUAGUCCUGAAAAAAUGGGUUCAACUGAUAGUUUAUUUUUGUGGAGAUGAGCAACAGACAGAGAUGCUGUUAGCAGCUGCUGAAGUUCUUAAAAGUGUAACAACAUUUCUUCUGGUCAAUGAGAAGCUCAUUCUUGGACUGUCUGAUACCCUUGCUGUGUGGAAAUGCGUGGUUCUACUGCUGCAGAAUGAAGAUUUGGUAGUAAGGGAUGCUGCUGCUGAGGUUAUACAAGUGGCACAGUCUGAAAAAAAGAUCAGUAAAGGAACAGUCCUGGUGUCUUACUACAUUUCUCUGCUGUGCCAGCGUACUCUAGAAAACCUGCAGCUGGCAUGA